AUGGCAAUUCCUUGGGACUCUCUUCGUUCCCUCGUUAUCUUCUUCGGACCCAUAAUCAUACCGAAGGCUAUAUCAUACUACCGAUCAGUUAAGAAUAACCCUCACGGUCGCAAUGCACCAAUAGUACCCGUCCCGCCUCGCGUUGGCGUUGCGCUCGCGCUUCUGGCUUUCUUCGUAGUCGGCUACCUCGUCCAGACGCUCCCACCCUUCGCACCCGAGAACCUCUUCCUUGCGACGCAAAGCCGUAUCCAGAUCCCUGUCGAUGUUCUCUUCAACCGAGUCGCUGUUGGGAGACCCGAUAAUAUUCUCACAAAGCAGGACGAGGCUCUAAGGGGCCGGUUUGUCAACUUGGAGAGUCGAUUGCUCUACUUGCAGUUUGGUCCCGAUGUGUUGGCCAACUGCCCGUUCUGUACCUCGGAGGAACCAAAGACAUUCUUCAACUAUGCUCUCCCACAACUCUUGUGGCCUCAUAUCGCCAACCUUUUUGUCGUCGCAUUCGUCACAAGCCCUACUUUCACAGGUCGAGCUGGCGCUCAGUGGCGACCAAAGGCCACGAUGGCUGCUGCUGUUAUCGCAGCUCUCGAUGUUUACUUUGUCAACUCUUACAACUACCAGGCCAAUGCGCGCGCUCUUCGUCUGUCGGAAGUCGACUUCUUCUACUGGACUGCCCGAAUUGCACGCCUGGUAACUCUUGCUGGCUUUGACGCUGUCCUUGGCUGGCUUCUAUAUCUGUCUGCCACGAACCGGGCAUUUGUUGAGCCACCGUCGCCUGUUGAGCGCAUUGAAGCAACUGGUCGUGCCUUGAUGGUCGUCAAGAGUAAGCUCAGCGCAUUGGGCAUUGUCAAGAACACAGCCCUACGCGACGAAGAUCUUCGAUCGCGCAGCCAUGCUUAUUGGAGCCACGAAGUCCGCCUCAUGGGCGAGGUCAUGGAGGAGCGUGAGGUUGUAGAGGGAGUCAAUGAUGCGCUGAGUAAUCGUAUUGACGUUGGCAGCAUUACAAGGGACGCCGAAGGCUAUGCACAGAAUGUACUGCAGAACUUGCAUGCAGAAACAGCACAUGAUGGUUAA